AUGCUGUCUACUCGGGAAAGAAGAUGGUGGAAUAGUCAGGAGGAUGAAAUCUUGAAGAGUGCGGUGCAAGCACAAUGUAACAAUCCCACGGACAUGAUGGACGCAUUGCAAUCACGCAGACACGGCAGUGUACAGAAUUGGAACGAUAUUGCUUCGCUAUUGACCGGCCGCACCAACAAAGACUGCCGCAAGCGAUGGUCAAAAAUACAGGUCGACAUCCAAAAGGGUGUAUGGACGCGGGAGGAAGAUGAGAGACUGCAGCAAGCAGUACAGCAACUGGGAUUCAAAUGGUCUCGGGUGGCCACCAUGGUGCAGUGUCGCAAUGCAGACCAGUGUGCAAAACGCUGGCAGCAAACGCUGAGGCCUGGCCUGAAGCAUACUUCGUGGACCCCCGAAGAUGAUGAGAUACUGUUGGCGGCCAUUAGAACACACGACAACAACUGGAAGCAGAUUAGCCUCUCGGUUUUCCCAGACCGUUCCACUCACGACAUACGAAAUCGGAGCCUUCUUCUUGGCCGCAGGAGCCGGAAUACUAGUGCCACCGAGCACGUACCCGCGCAACUGCAGACCCCGAGUUCAGAUGGAGACGAAACGGUGUUAUGCAGAGACGGUACUGCCGAAAACGACACCAAUGACGGUAUCUCCGAGGGCACAUAUAGUGACGGCCGAGACAUCCUGGUCGAUCCAGAUCUCGGAGUUAAAUUCUCCAGUGUCUCCGGUUUCCAAGACACUCAUGAGCUUCCUAUGAUACCAAAUAGCGCUGGUGCCAUAUUGGAUCAAACCUGGUUUGGGCCCGCAACAGAUAUGCAGAAUCAACAGAGGCUGUCGGUACCAUUUAACGACUGGCUUUCCUGGAGCAAUCCGUUUGAGGGGUCACCCUUGGACACGUCUGGCUCCCAGUUGCCGUGGUGGGAGAACGGUCCUGCGGAUCAGCACUGCUUUCCCGGCUCAGUUGGAGUCUGUGAAGUUGGCGGGAAGGUUGAAAACAUCAGUAGUAUGGGCGGAUCAGGGGUUAAUGUCGAUACGAGUAUAGAAAUGCAGGCCGGCGAUGCUGCUUUGGAGAAUGAGCAGAAAGGGAGUGUCACCCUGACAUUAAAUGAAGUAGACCCAACUGUGGCCCACGAGAUCAUGGGCAGCAUACUGAAGCACAGCGCGGGUCUCAGGGUUCGAUAUGUCUUCAACGGGAAAUGA